AACUACAAUUUUCCUCUCUGGUAGACAAUGUAGUUGUAAAUUAUAUAUUGAAACCUAUUCAAUUCUCUAUGAUCAAAUAUCAUCAAUAUGCAUCAACACGUUGCCCUGACUUGUAGUGGAUGAUAUCCCCCCUGAGAAGACAGCACAUACAUUUACAGUAUGCAUGUCCCCCUCUUACUGGUCCAGCAGCGACACCAUGUGCCAAUAAUUCAGUAUUACAAAAAAAAGAAAAGAAGGAAACUCCCGGAAGAAACUCUGGUUGGUAAAUGAACAUAAACUCUGAUUGAAAUGGCGUCAGUCACAGUCCGAGGCUGGGCUCUCUGCACCGUGUCUCUGCUCAACUGGGCCUUUGUUUUCAUAUCUGGUGCAGACUUUAUUCGCUUUAUAUCAUUUAGAGCCAUUUACCACAACCUCACCGGAGAGACGACACUAUGUCAAGACUCCAUACCGUGGUCGGUGGCCCUGCGGGACAGCUCUGUCCUCGGGUCUCUUGUUGUGGAUCUGGGGCUGCUGGCUCUCUUCAUCACCCAGCACAGUCUGCUCGCCUGGUCGCCUGUCAAACAGGCCCUCCAAUCAGUGCUGGGGCCCCUGAACAGGACGGCAUACUGCUUCACCACCGCACUGGCACUACAGAUCAUGAUGCGUUACUGGCAGCCGGUGACUGACGCCCCCUGUCUGUGGUCAGUGCGUCAUACACCCUGGAGUAUCUGGUUCCCUCUGCUCUGCUUCAGUCUGCACUUCCUCUGCUGGGCAAUCAUCUGCAGCAUCCUCAUGCUCUUUGAUUACCCUGAACUGUUGGGCAUCAAGCAGGUGUAUUACGACUGUCUCGGUUUAGGGGACCCCCUGUCUCACAAGUCACCUCGCGCCCAGCGCCUCCUGUCUCACCUCCGCCACCCGGUGUGCCUGGAGCUGGGCGUCGUGCUGUGGCUCCUGCCGGCCUUGUCCCUGGACAGGCUCCUGCUGGCGGGGACUCUGUCAACCUACCUGGCCCUGGCACACUCUCUGGACAAACAGGAUUUAUCCUACCUCUGCGGCCAGCUUAACAGCAAGCUGCAGCUCUUAGCUGACACCAGCGACCACAAGGAGAAGUGAAACGAACGUCCUGCUGUGAUGUGAAGCCGACUGCUGUCUUAAUACUAACCAGAAAUGUUGUUCUGAAACUGAGUCUGGGUAUCUGCUGCGCUGAAUGCUAAUAGCAAAUGCCCACACUCAAGUUGACACUGUAGUUUUUAAAGUUUUCUUUUCACUGUAUAUGUGGUUUCAGAAAGGAGGAGUUUUAUUACAAAGGAGAUUUUAUUCCACUAUUUGAAAGCACAAUUAUUUUUUGGGGGAUAUCUCUAUAUUCUGAUUAAAUUUAGGAAGAAAAAAUCUUAAAUAUAUUCAGAAUAUAGAGGGUUUUAUUGCUAGAUUUUGUAAUGAAACGGUUACUACACUGAAUUUAUUUUGUUUAUCAUAUAGUAUAUUUUUUAUAGGCUAUUACAUUCCAUGUGCCUACUGCAGGUAUGCUGUAUUUCUACGCACACUAACUAACUACAAGUUGAAUUGUCCUUGAAAGUGAAUGUCACACUGAGAUUUCACACUGUCAAAUGUAGCUUUGUUUUUCAUCAUUUUGCAGCUAUAAUGAAAAACAAUGGCGUUUCUGAGAUUAUGAAUGUAUUUGUUCAGUUGCUUCAUGCUGUGUCGACAGUAACGUCAUGAACAAAGUGAAUAAAGUUGGUAUUAUCAUGCCCUUUCUAAAUAUUAAAGUAUGUCAUUAAUUCUCAAACUUCAAAAUACUGUAAUCUUUGAUUUAACAUGUAUUGGAUGCUAGUGUUAGUUGUCUGCAUUGUGGCCUCACUGUAAUGACAAUAAUAAUGACUUUCAGUAUUUUCAUGUUGAAUAAAUGUAAUAAGCUGUA